AUGUCUGUGCCUCUGAGAAUCGAGAUCAUGCAGAGAGAAACCAUCAAACCAUCCUCUCCAACGCCCCUUCACUUAAGAAGUCUCAAGCUCUCUCUUCUGGACCAAUCCAUGCCAGUAGGUCACAUUCCCCUGCAGCUAUUUUACCCCAGGAAUGGAAACGACACAGAUCACCUUGCCAAAGCCACGGAAAGGUCACUGCUACUAAAGACCUCACUGUCUGAAGCCUUGACUCAUUUUUAUCCAUUCGCAGGCAGACUCAAAGACAAUUUGUCCAUUGAAUGUGAUGACCAUGGGGCUGAAUAUAUUGAGGCUCGAAUCCAUUGUAUUCUCUCUGAUAUUCUCAAAAAGCCUGAUACUGAAGUGCUAAAACAACUCCUUCCUGCAGCUAUAAGUGAACCAGCCACGGCCAGGGAUAGUCAAUUAAUUGUCCAAGCUAGUUUCUUUGAUUGUGGUGGCUUGGCAAUUGGCGUGAAUCUUUCUCACAAGGUUGCAGAUGCAGCCACGCUAACAUCAUUCAUCAAGUGCUGGGCUGCAACCGCUCGCAGGUCGAGUACUGAGGUGGUGAUCAGUCCAGUGUUCAUGGGUGCUUCUAUUUUCCCACAAAUGGAUUUACCAAUCUCAAUGCUUCCAGUAUAUUUGAUUAAAGGAGAGUCUGUCAUGAAAAGGUUUGUGUUUGAAGCUCCCAAAAUUACUGCUCUCAAGGCUAAAGCCAUCAGUGCAAGCGUGCCAGAUCCAACACGGGUGGAAUCUGUAACAGCGUUGAUCUGGAAAUGUGCGAUGAGCGCAUCAAGAUCAAACUUGGGGGUUCCAAGAAAAGCUGUGUUGUCUCUUGGAGUGAAUAUUCGGAAGAGGCUUGUGCCAACCUUACCAGACAACUACGGUGGGAACUACGCAGGUAGUAUAUCAGCGCGGAUAGAGGAUCAUGAUGAUUUAGAAUUGCAAGGUAUAGUGAGCCGUAUAAGGAAAGAUCUUAUAGAGUUUGGUGAAAAAUAUGCUAAAAUAACCCCAGGGGACGAUAUUUCGUUAGCAAUUUGCAAGACGGUGGAAGAGUUUGGAAAGAUGGCCAUGAGCAAAGAUAUUGACUACUAUAACUGCUCCAGUUGGUGUAGAUUUGAACUUUAUGAUGCUGAUUUCGGAUGGGGAAAACCAAGAUGGUUGAGUAAUGUUUUAACUAUAGAGCUGAAAAAUCUUAUGUGUUUGAUCGACACAAGGGAUGGUGAUGGAAUAGAAGCGUGUAUAAGCUUGAGUCCAGAAGACAUGGCCUUGUUCGAAUCCAACAGGGAGCUGCUUGAAUUUGCUUCUGCAAAUCCUAGUUCACACAGAGUGAAUGAAAGACUUCCACAUUAUUGUGCAAUUGCACUUGGAUUCCGACUUCGGAGGCUUCAUGCUGUCCAUCUUCGGAGGAUUUCACAUUAUCGUGCAAUUGCACUUGGAUUCCAACUUAGGAGGCUUCAUAAUGUCCAUCUCGUUCGGAAGCCCAACAUUACGCACCAUAGAUUCAUUGGCAUUCUCAUCGUUCUCGGUCUAGUUGACAAGUGUUCUGGGCUGAAUCCCAGAGGAGUGCUGGAAAUAGAGUGUCCAUUUUAUAAAGGAGAAAAUAGUAGGGCUUCACCUUGGAAGCGGAUCCCUCUUUGUUGUGUCCCACAAGCUCAAGGUUUAGUGGAAAAGCUCGACAAGGAUUGGAUGGAUUUCUAUGUCUGGACUCCUAAUGGAAGCAGUCUGUCUGCGUUAUAUCGAGACGAGGCAUAA